GCCAACACUCGGAUGGCUUUUCUCUGUGAUAUGACUGGGCCUCCUUUUCCCGACAGUUAAUCACGUGGUUAUGCAUAUCUGAAAUGCGUUCCGGAUUCACGUCUUACCUUGGGAGAGAAGCAAUCCAAACACGUAAAGGAACCGCUGCCGUCAUGAGUUUCGAGAAGGAUUUGGUUUUGGGCAGACAUUUCUUGAUUGGGACUGUCGAGAUUCCACCCUAUAUCAUCAUAAAGCGCGACCAUAACGGGACAUUGCUCCAAGUCGAUGGAUUCGUUCAUCAAAUCGUACAGUUUUUAGCAAAAAAAUUCCAAUUUACAUAUGAAUACGUCGAACCCCCUAAUGGCAUUACUGGUUCCUGUGUCAACAAAACCUGCAACGGCUUGAUCGGGAUGCUUAUUCGAGGCGAAAUUGAUAUGAUAGCAACAGGUUUAGCAAUGACCUUGUCUCGCUUUCAUAUGAUUGACUACACCUUCCCGUUUGAGAGCGACCCUAUCACUCUACUUAUUCCUUACCCGAAAAAAGACAGCACGUUAAAAAGCAUUCUCAAACCAUUCAGUACCGAGGUGUGGAUAUUGCUUGUACUAAGUAUGGUAAUUUAUGCUUACCUCAUGUCCUGGGCCGGAUACCUGAGAGCUCGUUGGUUCAAUCGUUCCUAUCAUGGGACAACGGACAACUUGGAAAGCAGUCGUGAAAUUGCACGGCAGCCCGGCAAAUUUGCAGACGACAUCAUGUUUCUGCUGAGCGUCUUAGUCAACCGUAAGUUCCUCUCGAAAUAUCAGAAACACCCGAGACCCUUUUAUUCUGGUUUUACCGUCAUAGCUGGAAAUCAUAUUCCUCCUGGAUUUGGCGAAGCUUUUCGAAUUUUGGUUGCUGUCUGGUGUCUCAUUGCCGUCGUUAUUUCUAACUCGUACAAUACCAGUAUUAAAUCGUUCUUAACAUUGCCAAAAUACAGACCCGUCAUCAAAUCGUUGAACGAUCUUACGGAGAAUUCGAAAUACUCUUUCGCGGCCAAAAAGCACAGCAGCGUUUGGUCUAACAUGAUCGAGGCACAGACCGGACCAUUUGCCAAGAUUGGUGAAUUGUUACGCAAACAUCCGGAGAAUUCGUUAGACAUAUUAGACGAUGACAAAGAUUAUGUGAUCUAUCAGAAGAAGGUUUUAGCCCAGUUCCAAUCGUCAAACCUGUUCGUGAUCCAGGAAGAUAUGAAAUCUAGUGGGAAAUGCCGGCUGUACACUGCGGAGAAACCUUUUGACGAACUACGCAUCAGUUUCGGACUUCCCAAAAAUAGUCCCAUUGAGAACCACUUCCUCAGUCAUGAGCUCAUGUGGCUGAAGCAAUCGGGAAUAUUGCAAUAUUGGAAAAAUUCUUACUGGCCCCGAGCUAACCGCUGCUCGGCUCCCAUUUCGACGAAACCUGUAUCAAACACGGAAAGGUUGACGUUGAAUUAUCUGUCCGGUGCCUUUUUGCUGCUAUGUGCCGGCAUGCUUGUGUCUUUAGCUAGUUUUGCAGCCGAAUUAAUUAGGAACUAUUGCCGGACUAAGCGUUCUUCAACCAGCAAGUGAAUUGUCGUAACCGCAACGCCUGUUAUGGUUGAAUGAUUUAGUCAUAAAGUAGCUUACGGUACAGACACGUAAAGAACUAUGUUAAGGCAAAAAGUUGUAUUAGGUAGUAAUGUUUUAUCUUAAAUAGCAAAUGCUUGUAAAGGAGAAGUUAAAGUAUUUACGGAUAUUGCCAAAUCGGAAAACGGUAAACGAAAUAAUUGCAUAUUUUUCUGAAUACACGUAACGUAACUCUGUGGGAAA